CCUCAGAAGUGUGCCUGUGAGCUGAGAGAGGGGAUCGAGAGCUGAGCUGAGCUGCGCUGAGAGGUAAUCAAUCAGGGAGGCAGAAACACACAACACUGACUCGAAUCUGAGCGCUCACCUGAGCUUCAAACCGGAAAACCAUGAAGAAGGGGUCAGGGGGCUGUGAGCUGGGAGGGAUGGAGCUGCUCGACCUCCUCUUCGACCAGCAGGACGGGAUCCUCCGCAACGAGGGCUUAGGGGGGGCGGCGGCGCACCACGGCAACGCACAGGGCUGGCCAAUCACAGAGCAGAACCUCCUGGUAGAUCCUGACAGUGAGGAUUUCCUCAACUCCCUGCUGGGUGCGGGUGACUCAGUGUCCAGCUCCCCCUUGUGGUCACCGGCCACGAGUGACAGCGGCAUCUCUGAGGACCCCCACUCUGACCAGCUGGACAGUCCGCAGCACUGCCAGACCCCCGACAGCCCGGCCGUUUACCAGCCUGCCCCGACCCAAAUCGAACACCCCUGCCUGGGCACUGCCAGCACUGAGCCCCCCCAGGCCAUGGACAUGCUGGAGCCCGACAUCGCCAUCGACCUGGAGGGCUGGGACUCCUCGUUCCUCUCUCAGCCCGGGCUGGGAGUGCGUCUGCAGCAAGCUGGUUUUGAGAUGUUCCCACUCACAGUGAAGGACCUGCUGCUGUCCAACACCUCCGAGCUGCCUCAGCAGCAAUCCCAGCAGCCCUUUCAAGAGCUGGUUCUGAAUGAGGAUGAGAAGAAACUGCUGGCCAAGGAGGGAGUGAGCCUGCCCAGCCAGCUCCCACUCACCAAGUACGAGGAGCGCAUCCUGAAGAAGAUCCGCAGGAAGAUCCGCAACAAGCAGUCUGCCCAGGAGAGCCGCAAGAAGAAGAAGGAGUACAUGGACGGGCUGGAGAGCCGGAUGUCUGCCUGCAAUGCUCAGAACCAGGAGCUCCAGAGGAAGGUGUUCCAGCUGGAGAAACGCAACACGUCUCUGAUAACGCAGCUCAGGAAGCUGCAGGACCUGGUGAUGCACGGCUCCAACAAGACAGCGCAGACUGGAACCUGCAUCCUGGUGCUGCUCCUCUCCUUCUCCCUAAUCCUCUUCCCCAGCCUGCGCCCGUUCUCUGACAGCCAGGUGGCCCACGAGGGUGGAGACUUCAUUCCAGUGCGAGUGCAGUCCCGCUCACUCCACGGCGUCGAGUCCUCUCGUGUUUUCCACGCCGUGGCGCACGACCACGUCUACUCAGCGCCGGAGCAGGGGGAGGGGCCGGGCACCGUGUCAUCACUCGAGAAGCUGCUGAAGGGGCACGGCCUCGUUGACUCCGCCCUGAACGCAAGCCAGGCCGAGGCCCUGGAGCUCGAGGGGUUAAGCGGCGCUGACCCCAUCACCGGCCGCAGAGUGACCACCGUGAGGUGGAGCGGGAGCGGAGUGAAGCAGGGGGCGGGGCCAGUGCAUGCGGACGAGAUGUGACAGCACGGCGCUACACAACAACACACAGAACAGCGCUACACAACACAUCACAACGCACACACCACACUGUAACACGCAACACAACACUGCACAGCCAAAAAUCUUAUCAUCAACCUGUUUAUUUGUUAACUUUUCUCUUUUCAAAAUUUUAAUAAUGUGUAUUUUUGGCAAAUGUUUGUCUUGUUUUGUUUUUUUUUUGGUCUGUGUUUUUGCUUUUUUAUUUUAAAUUAACUGCUAAAAGUGAACAGCAGUAGUUUUGCUAUCGGCGCUGUGUCUCUCCAGACACGUUCUUUAACUGCUGGAGCGCCGUCUUAAUUCUCAUUUCAUACUGAGGGGGGAGAUUUCUGGGUGGGGA